AUGUCGACUGCAUCACCAGAGAGCGAGCCCGCCCCCAACCACACAACACCUCAAUCAGCGCCGGUGCAGCGCCAGAUUGGCAUCUUCGACCAGUUCGUCUCCCAAAACAUGGAGACAGUGCUCCUCAAGGAACAGGUGGCCAGUCCUCGCUUCAACAUCACCUUGGCCAACGGCCAGCCGAUCCUCAAGCUGGAAAACUGGAACAAGAAGUGCUGCACCUGGCGCAGAGCGAUGACGGACAUGCAGAACAACCAUCUCUUGGACAUUGUCCGCGAAGGGAGCUUCGACAUUACAUACGUGUUCUAUGAUCCGCAGGGGAGAAAGAUUGGACAGGUCCGGGACAAGUCCGGGUUGUGUCGCUCGCAUGCCGAAGCUAAGUUACAAUCGCGAAACGGGCACGAGGAUACCUUUGCAAUAACCGGCCAAAGAUGGGGUGCCGAGAUUAUUUGCCACAGGACGGGCGCCGUGGUUGCCCACAGAAUCGACGGGCCAGGAGGCCCGUGCGGUCGAAUGAGGUUCAAGAUCAUAAUCCCGCCCGGGUUCGACAUGGCGCUGAUGGUUGCCCUGGGUAUCGCCACGACUCUGCUCGGCACUGGCUAA